UAAAAUACAAACUAGGAUACCUACAGAAUUGUGACAUUUCUGCUAAAUUCAUGUAUUAUAUUCUGUCUCUUGAUAGGUACAAGAAAACUCACCAGGGCAUAGAGCUGGACUGGAGCCAUUCUUUGAUUUUAUUGUUUCCAUUAAUGGUUCAAGAUUGAAUAAAGACAAUGACACGCUUAAGGACCUGUUGAAAGCAAAUGUUGAAAAGCCUGUAAAAAUGCUGGUGUACAGUAGCAAGACACUGGAACUGAGAGAAACAUCAGUAACUCCGAGUAACAUGUGGGGUGGACAGGGCCUUCUGGGAGUGAGCAUUCGUUUCUGCAGCUUUGAUGGAGCCAAUGAAAACGUAUGGCAUGUGUUGGAAGUAGAACCAAAUUCUCCUGCUGCUCUAGCUGGUCUUCGGCCCCAUAGUGACUAUAUCAUUGGAGCAGACACAGUCAUGAAUGAGUCUGAAGAUCUCUUCUCCCUUAUCGAAACGCAUGAAGCAAAACCGUUAAAACUUUAUGUGUACAACACAGAUACAGAUAAUUGUCGGGAGGUGGUGAUUACUCCAAAUUCUUCCUGGGGUGGGGAAGGCAGCCUAGGCUGUGGCAUUGGCUAUGGGUAUUUACAUCGGAUACCUACACGUCCUUUUGAAGAGGGAAAGAAAAUUUCUCUUCCAGGACAGCUGCCAAGUGCACCUAUCAGCCCACUUAAAGAUGGUUUUACAGAGGUUCAGUUAUCUUCAGUUAAUCCUCCACCGACAAUACCACCUGGAACAGUAGGACUUGAACAGAGUCUGUCAGGACUAUCCAUUAGUUCAACUCCUACCACCAUCAGCACUGUACUCAAUACAGGUGUCCCAACAGUACCAUUACUGUCACCACAAGUCAGUCAGUCCAUCCCUUCAGUGCCAUCAGUUAAUCCAGCGACAUCAUUACCAGGUCUGAUGCCAUUACCAGCUGGACUUCCCAAUUUAGCCAGUCUGCCCAAUCUUAAUUUAUCUGCACCGCACAUAAUUCCUGGCGCAGGAUUGUCAGACAUCAUACAGCCUGGUUUGCCACCCCUUUCUUCCAUGCCUCCUCUCAAUCUGUCUGGGAUAACAGUGCCACCUGAAUUACUUCCACAGUUCCCUUUGAUCACAGAUGUAUCUACUCCACCUACAGAUCUGCUUUCCUCCAUCACUCAAGCAGGGAGCAUAUCUGUUGACCCUGGCACUACUGUAAGCACAGAACAAACCUCUCUCUUCACUUUAGAUACUACUACCCCUACUUCUAAGGUGACUACUGCUGACAGAUUAAAUGAAUCCACUACAAUCAGUGAGAAAACAAUUGGGGUCACAGAUGUACAUGCUUCUGAAUCAUAACUCCUGGUCAUUCUGUUGGAUUGGCUUGGUAUUUAUUUAGCCAUCGGAUGCAUAUUUGAAGAUGCAAGCUGUCAUUAAUUUCAUACUAGUUUGUACUUUAUCUGUAGCAGUCCUGUAAAUAAUACCGAGGCUAUAAUAAAUGAAAGGAAAUGGGAUUUAUACUGUGUGCUUGGUGGGAGGGGAGGAAGAGUGCGUGUACUUAAGAGUAAAGGUAGUAAACAGACUUCCUCUGCCAAACUUGGAGGUGUUUUUAAUACAGGCUGACAGCUCUAGUCUGCUAAGCCUCUCCUUGCUUAUGAUUUCCAACUUUGCUUCUCUUAGAAAUGAAGCAGAUCUUACGUGUGACAUUGAUAAACUGCAUUUCUCAUCCUUGGCAAGAAUGAGAACUUCAUUACUACAAUGGGGGUGAAAGUGUUUACUUCUGUCUGAGUUGUAAAUUUUAGCAUUACAGAACUUCCAACUAAAGAGGUUUUAUUAAAGUUGCUGAAUGACCUGUUAACUGAGCAUCUUUUUAUUCAGCUUGUAUACAGAUCUUUAUUUUAAGCUCCUAAGAAAAAUACUCAAUGUUUUGUAACUGCUGCUGCAUUGCUGUACAAGCCCACUGUAACAUGGCAUUUGGAAGGAAAUAAAGGAAAUGUUAACUGUUGCACAAAGUUUUAAACUA